UCUGACAGGAUCGGGCAGACUGCCGCAGCGGGCGCAGCGGGCGGGGGCUCUGCGCUGCUUGCCGAGAUGGACCCAGAGCCGCUGGCAGUCCCGCCGCAGGGCAAGUCACAGCUGAAUGCCGCUGCUGAAGAUGUGCCCCGGGAUGGAUCAGAGGCUGUGACCCUUACGGAAUCGGCAGCAGAAAAUGAGGAACCACUAAAUGAGGAAGAAAACAUUUCAAUAGAGGAACAGAAACAGAAAGCCAGAGAUGGUGAUGCAGCAGCACAGACUGAGGUUGGUAAAUAUUAUCUGAAGCUAGCUGAUGAAGAGGAUGAAGAAUUGAAUAACUGUACAGCCGUAGAGUGGUUGACCCAAGCUGCUAAACAGGGCAGGAAGGAAGCAGUGAAAAUCCUGAAAACUUGUCUUGCAGAAAGGAAAGGAAUCACUUCAGAAAAUGAGCAAGAAGUGAAACAGCUUACAAGUGAAAGCGAUUUUGAGCGGAUUGUGCGGAAGGCUACUUUAGUUAUGUACUGGAAGCUUAAUCCAAAGCGAAAGAAACAGGUUGCUGUUUCUGAACUCCUGGAAAAUGUCAGCCAGAUCAAUGCUGAAGAGACCAUGGCUGAACCAGGCCCUGUCCCAACAGUGCUGCAAAAAGAGAGACGAGUGCUUGAACGACUGGUCAGUGUUCAAAGUAACAAGGACCUGAAGGUAGAUGAUUUUGUUGACAUGACUAAAAAUUAUGCCAAGGGUAUUUUACCGUCUGGCUUGUUAGCCCAAGGAGAAGAUGACAGCAUUGAAGGGAAUCCGCCUGAAGACAUGCCCAUGCAACAGAAGAUUCUGAAAUACCCACUUCAUGCCUUAAUGGAAAUAAAGGAACAUCUAAUUGAAAUAGCCUCCAAAGCGGGAAUGCAUUGGUUGCAGACAAUUAUUCCACUCCACCAUGUAAAUGCCCUUAUCUUUUUUUUCAUAAUUAGCAACUUGACAAUAGAUUUUUUUGCUUUCAUUAUCCCUCUAGUUGUCUUUUACCUUUCCUUUAUUUCCAUGGUGAUCUGCACUUUGAAAGUCUUUCAGGACAGUAAAGCAUGGGACAAUUUCAGGACAAUGACUGACCUGCUGCUGCGCUUUGAGCCAGAUCUAGACGUAGAACAGGCUGAGGUAAAUUUUAGUUGGAGUCAUUUGGAACCACAUAUACACUUCAUGCUGUCCGUGUUCUUUGUGAUUCUUUCCUUUCCGGUAGCAGACAAAAAUUGGAUUCCUUGUUCAGAGCUCGCAAUCAUUGCAAUUUUCUUCUUGAUAACAUCUUAUAUGAGCUUGAGUUCAUGUGCAGAGCCAUACACUCGGUGGGCUCUCAUUACAGAAAUUUCAUGGUCAGUAUUGGGUUUCUUUCGAUCUCUUCCUGAUGGUUGGUACUAUCUAAAGGUCCUUGGGGAAGAUAUUAUAACCAUCAUGAUAGGUGAAAACUUUGUACUGAAUAUAGGUCUGCCCUGUGUCUUAUACUGUUUCUUGUUCUACUUGUUCUUCAGAAUGGCACAUCUGAGGAACUUUAAAGGUACCUACUGCUUCUUGAUUCCUUACCUUGUCUGCUUUAUGUGGUGUGAACUUGCAAUAGUUUUACUUAAGAUAUCCACAGGAAUAGGUCUGAUAAGGGCAUCAGUUGGCUACUUCCUGUUUCUCUUUGCCCUGCCCAUCCUCUUGCUAGGACUUGCAUUAAUGUUUGUGAUCCAGUUAAUAAAAUGGUUUAUUUCUAUGGAAUUGAUCAAGAUCAUUGUCACCAUUGUUUUGUGCGUUAUUCCUGUUGUCCUCCACAUGUGGACAAAAUCAACGGGCACCUUACUGGGACUAGUCAAGUCUCUGACUAGGAGCUCAAUUGUAAAACUCAUCCUGGUUUGGCUCACUGCCAUAAUGAUGUUCUGCUGGGUGUAUGUGUAUAGAUCUGAGGGGAUGAAGGUGUAUAACUCCACCUUGACUUGGCAACAGUACAGCUUGGUUUGUGGCCCUCGUGCCUGGAAAGAGACUAACAUGGCCAGAGUUCAGAUGCUUUGUGGCCAUCUUGAGGGACACAGAGUCACAUGGACUGGAAGAUUCAAGUAUGUUCGUGUUGUAGACAUUGACAACAGUGCAGAGUCUGUGAUAAACUUGCUUCCAUACUUCAUAGGUGAUUGGAUGAGGUGCUUGUAUGGCGAGCCAUAUCCUGAGUGUGAUUCCCAAAAUGUGUCAGCGGUCGAGGAUGACCUUUGCCGUCUCAAAUUCCUCGCAAAGCACACCUGCCAUCUUAAAAGAUUUUGUCAUUAUAAAUUUGAAAUAACUGUUGGCAUGCCAUUCAGUACAAAUGGAAAUGAGGCGCAUGAAGAUGAUGCAACUAAAGAUAUUGUACUGAGAGCUAGCAAUGAGUUCAAGAAUGUUCUGCUGAACUUAGUGCAAGGAAGUGUGGUGGAAUUCAGUACCAUUUUGGAGGGCAAAUUGGGUAGUAAAUGGCCAGUCUUUGAGCUGAAAGCCAUCCGAUGCCUCAACUGCAUGUCAAAGUUAAUACCACCAUCAGCAAGGCAGUUUAAAAUUGAACACGAUUGGAGAGGCACAGUAAAGCAUGCUUUCAAAUUUGCUUUCAAUUUUUUCUUCGAGCCAGUCAUCUGUGCUUUAUAAACCUCAAUUUUGCCUUUCAAUCUAUUCUUGCUGGAUAAGCUCCUGCUUUCUUCUCUUUGAGGGGUAUGCUGCAGCACAUUUAUGCCACGAACCUGAACCUCCAACUCAUUGGAAUGAAUGAAUACGCAUAAGGCAAUAAAAUGCACAUUACCUAGUUCAAUCUAAUUGUUAUCUGGACCAAGUCAUCAUGGUUAUGUAGGAAAGGAAGGUUGCAAUACUUGGGACUUGUGCUUCAUAUGAUCUUAAAUGUCUGUGCUGCUACAAUUUACUCUUUCAGUCUGGGCAACUUUAACUAAAUGGGAGAUUAGAUGGUUGUGAAUGAUUUUGAACAAGGUAUUUAAAACUGUUAACUAGUAAGGUACUAAUCUAUCAUUAUGCAAGAGUUGAUUUAAAAAAAGAAUGCUAAAUAACAAAUCAUGUACUUAAUAUGUUUGCUACAGUUCCAUAGACUACUGGAAUGUACAUGUGUGGCCAUACCUAUUUACUAGAAAAUAUACUGUAAGAGGUCUCAGUGAAAUGCCAUUUUAAGCUUCCUCUGCUUUUGCCUUUGUAAUUAUUCCUCUGCUUUUGUAAUUUCUAAAAGAAAAAUUACUCUAUCCACACAAGGUUUUUAUUGAAUAAUCAUACUUUGCAUCACGUGUAUUAUUUUCAUCUGGAACUGUACUUGUAUACUACUGAAAGAUCACUGGAUUCUAUAAAGGGUACUUAAAUUUGCAUUUUUAAAAGAUGGUAUAUUUUAUUUCUUGUUAAAGACCUAAGAUAAUAUAGUCAACCUAUGAUGUUGCACCAUUGGAGAUGCUCAGAGAUCACUGAAGUUAUUUUACAAAAUUAAUUUGAGAACACAGAACUUGAGUGCCAGAAAUUGAAUUCCAUCGCAGUGAGGAUAUGAGGAUCCACUUCUGUUUUUUUAAAAAUACAUUUAAUGAGCUGGGAAAUAUUUCUCAUCCCUCCAAACUCUGCCAGACAGGUACACUGUAAUGUAACAAGGGCAAAAUAAUUGUAGCAUACCUGUUGUUAAGCCUUUAACCAAUAAAUUUCAUUGUAAUAUUCUCUGAGCAUAGGAUUGUGGUGAUGACCAAUGAAGGAAUAGGUUAUGAUUAACAAGUAAUUGGUCCAUUCUUGGACUUAGCACCUUAAGUCUCAAAUUACUGAGAAAUUGACCAAGAUUUGGGUAUUUAUAAGACAGUUCAAAAACUGUUGAUCUCAAUAAAAUUAGUUUACUACCAUCUUGGUUUGUGCAAUUAUUAAUUGGAUCUUACGUGAGUAUUUUAAUCACCUUUAAUCAGACUUCUUGUUCAUGAAGCUUAUUUGCCUCCGACUAAAUAGUAUGAUGUAUGUGCACAGAAAGAUGCUGCCUCUUGCCAGCAUUAUUCAAUGCAUAAUCAUGCCAAACAGUGUGAGGUGUUGAUUUCCAAAGAUCAAUCUUUUGUGAAAUAUUAUAUAUGUUUAAAAGCUAAACAUGGUUGAAAAAAAAACAAAUGUUAAGCCAUUUGUUUUUAUAGUUUUUAAAUAGAAAACCAGAAUUUCAAGUAGAGUUUUAACCUUUCAUUACAGUUGGAACAUUAUUUUGAACGUUACUUAGCCAGCAGUUUUCACUGGUUUUAUGAAAACCCUUUUCUAUGUAAGAUGAGGGGGAAGAGUAAAAGAUAAAUUAGCAUGGGAAGUUGUUAACUACUACACCAAUAUACUUGGUCAUACAUUUCUGGUUCUAGAAGUAGUCAUAAGUAAUAGGGUUAGCAUAAUGGAAAUGGGACAAUAUUUCAUACGAACACUUGGACAUUGGGUUCAGUAUGAUUAGGUCUAUCAUAUCUUUGCAGGGAGACGUGAAAUGCUGAAAUUAAUUCUCAAAAUUAUGUAGCUGAACUUAAAGUAAUAAAAUCCUUUUUUCAUAAAUGGUACUUUUAAACUAUUUCUGUAAUACAAAUUCCAAAUCGACAGAAGACUACUCUUUUGUGAAAGAUUUUGACAUCUGUUUGUCGGACACUAUUAAUGUUUUGAGUUAAAACGUAAUUAAAAGCUAAAUGCAUGCACUGUUUCCCAACAUAGGCUUGUAACUCAUGACCCUUUGUAAUAAUUUAAAAUGUUUCUUGACCUAAUUAGUCAAUUACUUCACAGGAAUUGAAUUUGUUUCAUGCUGCUUUUACUAGAAAUCACAGUCCAUUGAGUAAUCAGUUUUUACUUUGAAAUGCCUGAUGCUGACCUUUCACUGUGGCUCUGUAACCCUAUUAUUAAGUAUUCAUGAGUUUAAACAAGAUAGAUAAGCAGAUAAUACAUUUGGGGUAAUAUUGUUGAAGUGGUACUUUCUGUUGCAUAAGGAUCAACACUAGAAUCCUGAGAAAUAAAACCUGGUGCCUAUGGAGUUGUCAUUGAACUGAAAUAUUUUUUUAAAUAGCAAAAGUCUUACAUGAACUUAAGUUCACUAUUGAUAGUUAUGUUCUUAAGCUUUACCAUUUAUUUAAAAUAUUGUGACAGUUCAUAUCAGCUUGAGUAACAUCUGCACAAAAACUUGUAUGGGCAUUAUAUUAAAUGCUUGUAUUGAUGUAUUACCAAAGAACCUUAAACUUCUGGUAUUCUUAAAUAAAGGUACUUAUUGACC